GAUAUGAAAUGCAUAUCUUCUCAUAGACCUGGCAAAAAGUGACCCGACCUGUUUUUGACCCGAAACCCGACCAGAAAACACUGGGUUUUGAACAAAGGUUAUGAUGACCGAACCCGAAGCUGAUCGAACCCGAAAUGACCCGCUAAAAAUGGGUCAAACCCGACCGAAACUGAACCCGACCGACCCGCUAAAGAAUGGAGAAACAGAGGAGUUUCAAAGGGUUGAUGGAAAAGCAGAGGAGCUUUAGGAUGGGAAUGGAGAGGAAGACGAGGUUCGGGGGCGGCGGCGAGAGGGGAGGGGGAGGGGGAGGAGGGGGGAAAAGAGGGGACACGGCGCUGCACGCGGCGGCGAGAGCGGGGAAUGUGGGGAAGGUGAUGGAGGUUGUGCAGAGGUUGGGAGCGGCGGAGGCGGCGAGUCAGAACCAGGAAGGGGAGACGGCGUUGUACGCGGCGGCUGAGAACGGGCACGCGGCGGUGGUGAGGGAGCUGUUGAAGCACAUAGACUUUGACACCGCCUCUGCCGUCUCCAACAAUGGCUACGACGCCUUCCAUGUAGCCGCCAAACAAGGCCAUCUCGAAGUGCUGAAGGAGCUGUUGAGUGUGUUCCCAAACCUUGUGAUGACAACGGACUCAUCCAACUCCACAGCCCUACACACCGCCGCGGCUCAAGGGCACGUCGACGUGGUCGACUUGCUCCUCGACACCGACUCCAACCUCGCCAAGAUUGCCCGGAACAACGGCAAGACGGCUCUCCACACCGCGGCGAGGAUGGGGCACUUGCAAGUGGUGAGAUCCCUCUUGGGCAAGGACGACCCCACGGGCAUAAGCUUUAGGACGGACAAGAAAGGCCAGACGGCAUUGCAUAUGGCCACCAAGGGCCAAAACACAGACAUCCUGCUUGAGCUCAUCAAACCAGACCCCAAGCUUCUGUCUUUGGGAGACAACAAGGGCAACACCCCACUCCAUAUCGCAACCAAGAAAGGUCGUGCUCAGAUUGUGCAAUGCUUGUUGUCUGUUGAGGGCAUCAAUGUGAAUGCAGUGAACAAGGCUGGAGAGACGGCUCUAGACAUGGCAGAAAAGCAGGAGCAGCAGAGUCCAGAGAUUGUGACGAUUUUGAAGGAGGCGGGAGGCGUCCACUCAAACGAGAAGCCUCCGGCGGCUUCUGCAAAGCAUCUCAAGCAAACCGUUAGCGACAUAAGGCACGACGUGGAGUCCCAGCUGCAGCAGAGCCGGCAGACGGGGCUCCGUGUCAGAAAGAUUGCAAAAAACGUGAAGAAACUGCACAUCAGUGGCCUCAACAAUGCCAUAAACUCGUUGACGGUCGUCGCCGUCCUCAUCGCCACCGUUGCUUUCGCAGGGAUCUUCACCGUCCCGGGGCAGUACGUCGAAGAGAAAACCAAAGGGUUCUCUCUGGGAGAGGCCCACAUAGCCAAAAAAGCCGCCUUCAUAAUCUUCUUCUUGUUCGACAGCAUCGCCUUGUUCAUAUCCUUGGCUGUUGUGGUUGUCCAGACAUCACUGGUUGUGACCGAGCACAAGGCAAGGCAGCAGAUGGUGUUUUUCAUAAACAAGCUCAUGUGGGCAGCUUGCCUGUUCAUCUCGGUGGCAUUCAUCGCGCUCACCUAUGUUGUGGUUGGGGCCCGGGAGAGAUGGCUGGCUAUAUAUGCAACAGCAAUAGGCAGCAUUAUAAUGAUGACGACGAUAGGGUUAAUGGUUUCCUGUGUGAUCCAGCACCGGCGGGAAGAGGCAAGGAUGAGAAGUAUAAGGAAAUCGGAGAAGUCGGGUUCUUUGUCAAUUUCAUCUGUGUUAUCAGAUGCAGAGCUUUAUAAUGACCACAAGAGAAUGUAUGCUGUCUAGCUCUAAACCAAACUUAACCGGAAUCGGCUACCUUGGAUCCUACACAACCUUUAUAUGGGGAUGGAUCCAUAUACUAGCUAGUACUGAUAUAUAGUAACAUUUCCACAUCCCAUUUGGUAAUCAUAGGAACAGGAAGAAGGUUUAAAUGGCUGGUCUGGUGCAUACUUGUCCACAUUAUAUAUAUAUGUACUAAACUAAAGGUUGUAUU